AUGUGCAGCCGCGAGAAGGACGUACCUGCGCUUGCUAGCGACGCGAAGGGUGUGGCAGAUCGCCGUCCGGCCGGGCUUGCGCCGUCGGCGGCCCCAUCUGGCCCCCCACUUAUGACGACCAGUGCUAUGGCUAUGGAUUUGGUGGACACAGCUCCGGAAACUUUGAAGACAGCGCUGUCUGUUCCGCUCCCCGAUUCUGAAGAUGAGAGCUCCACCGCCCCUCAGCCACGCGGACGAAGUGGGAAACAGAAGAGGAGGGCAACAGCCGCGACGUCCGCUGUUCGCAGCUCGCCGAUCGAGAAGAGGGCCAAGCAAGAUUUCGCCCCUGACGCUGAUGGUUUUGUCCCGGCCCGGCGCACUGCAAGACGCAUGCAGUCAUCGACGACGCUUCCAACUGCCGUCGCCAAUUCAUUCGACGCGCUCGCUGACGCGCCGGACCAGCUGCCGCGCGAUCCUGCGCCAAAGACAGACUCCCAUCUCCCGCCGGUGGUCCUCCAGUUUCGGCCGCCCUAUGGGGAACUGCAGAAGUUGUUGCGCAACUGGACAACGGCCGUGUAUACUGUGAAGCCUGCCGGACGAGACCUGUACAGGGUCACACUCCGAUCUGCUGACGACUAUCGCUGGGUCACUCAGGAGGCGUCUGAGCGUGGUAUCCCGUUCUAUACCCACGCUUCCGCACCUGACAAAGUCUUGAAGAUUGUCAUCCGGGACCUCCCAUUCAACAUGGAAGCCGAUCACCUGCAUCGCGAACUCGCUGACCUGGGCUUCUACAUACGGGCAGUCGUGAAGAUGAAGUCUCCUAAAUCGCGCGAUGAUAUGCCGCUCUUCCUGGUCGUCUGCUCCGAAACCGUGGAGAACCGCAUACUAUACCAAUUGACGCGGGUCGCCGACGUUCCGGUUCAGACCGAAGAUCUUCGCUCCAGGAGAGGAAGUGCGUGUCCCCGUCCGCCCACUGAGAAGCCAACUUGUGCACUCUGUGGCGGUGCUCACGUGCCCAGCUAUCGUGGGCCACAUCCGAAGAAGCCAGCAACGAGACGGCCCGGCGUCUCUUUCGCGGUGGCGUCAGGGGGCGCCCUCACCGUCCCGGCUGCGUCGGCUGCUCCUGCUCCUGCCACGUCGGAUGGCGUGCCGAUACCUGAGGCUCCUGCGCCUCCACCACAGCUGCUAGUGGCGGACCCGGGUACUGUCUCUCCCGGGCCGUCGGCCAGACCACGCCCCGCCAAUCGCCUGCGCGGAGGUCAGCGCCCCGUGGGUACCCAGCGCUCAGCACCGUCGGUCGAGCAGCCCCAGGUGGACUCUCCAAGCGAGUCAGCCACGCCUCCCCCUUCCAGCGACGGGGCCACGCCGGCUGCCUCCACCGCUGACCUGGCCAACCUCGUCGCGCAGCUCACUGCCUUAGUGACCAAUGCUACGAAAUUGAUUGAAGCCCUGUCGCAGCAACUCACCGCUGCAGUGCCGCUGGCCUCUCCGGCCCCGACCGCUGUCAACACUCACCAGCUGCACAAUGGGCAUCGUUAG